UGAAUUUACGAGUCGCUAAAAUGUCAUAUUUCAAAGGGUCGUAGAAGCAACGUAUUAAAGUCGGAUAAACGUCGGUCUACAGUCGUUGAAAGGACGUGAAACGAGCUUUAUUUUGAUACCAAACAUGGCCGUAUGCGUUUAGAAAGAUGCUUUGUACACAACUGUAAUGUUUAACGUUUUAUAGAUAAACUGCGAUAUAGCAGACAAAGCAAGAUUUAACCCUUGGUCUAUUUUCUUUACAACACGCCAUCAGUAGAUUCCUUAUGCAAAAAGGACAAGCCCUGGUGUUCAUCUGUUGUGCCUUCGUUUCGGUUUUCCAAUUUAGUCGCACAAUUGUUUGUAAUUUGAAAUCUACAUACCCUGUCUGGCGGCUGUUGAUUGCCAUGCCACGUUUUAAGAUCGGCGACCUGUCCAAAGAGAGAAAGCGACUGAAGGAGAAAGUUGUCAUGGAAAACCGCAGUUUAGAUGCACUUCAUGAUGAACUUUCUAAGUUGACAACUGAGAAGGAAAAGAAGAGAAAAGAGCUAUGUAAUAUGAAAGCGAAACACAGAAGGCUGGACCUCAAGGUUGGUUGUUUUAAUGUCAACGCAUGUAAUUUUAACCCGAUGAUUUGCUUAAUUGCUUUGGGAAUUUCUGCAUGUUCGUUUAUAAAAAACUCCAGAAAAUAGCUUCUAUUCAACCAGGCCAGAUUUCAUAAAAUAUCUCGAUGUUUAUAACAAGCUGUUGGGAAGAUCGCUUUGUGGUAUUUUGUUAACCUGGGGCUAAGGUCACCAGCUUUUGAACAGCAGGCCCCAGAUGUUACCUUUGAGUCACAUUGCUCCCAAUGCGCCCUAGUUUAUCAUUUUACUCUGUCUAACGCCAGAUGAUUUUACUCGUCAAGGGGAGAGUGCUGGCAUUUAAACAAUAAAGUUGAUAUUAAUUUUUUUCUGUGUUGGUGUUGUGUACUCAGGUGAAUAAUAUGUUUGCGAUGUUACUCUGAGUGCAUAUCCACACCGGGCGAUCUUGGGCUAGUAUUCCAAAGGUCGUAAGGUUCGAAUCCCACCGUGGGCGGGCAUAUUUUUCAAGCUCGCCCGGUGUGGAUAUGCACUCAGAGUAACAUCGCAAACAUAUUAUUCACCUGAGUACACAACACCAACACAGAAAAAAUCAUAUUACUAGAACACAUUGGUAUUGAAGGAACUAGAUACUGUUCCGAAAUAUCACUUACUCGAACCGUCCUGACCGCGUAGCUCAGUUGGAAGAGCAUUGGGCUAGUAUUCCAAAGGUCGUAGGUUCGAAUCCCACCGUGGCCGGGCAUAUUUUUCAAGCUCGCCCGGUGUGGAUAUGCACUCAGAGUAACAUCGCAAACAUAUUAUUCACCUGAGUACACAACACCAACACAGAAAAAAAUUCAUAUUGCUAGAACACAUUGGUAUUGAAGGAACUAGAUACUGUUCCGAAAUAUCACUUACUCGAACCGUCCUGACCGCGUAGCUCAGUUGAAAGAGCAUUGGGCUAGUAUUCCAAAGGUCGUAGGUUCGAAUCCCACCGUGGCCAGGCAUAUAUUUCAAGCUCGCCCGGUGUGGAUAUGCACUCAGAGUAACAUCGCAAACAUAAUAAAGUUGAUAUUUUGAAUAAUUAUGUUAAUUGUUACUUAUGCUUUCUUCCUGCCUUGCUUUUUGUAUAUAAGAUCGACAAGAUAGUUAAAGAAGUUGAGGACUUACAAGACAUAGAAAAAGAGCUAGUUCAGCCUCAGACAUCAGGUAGUUCCAGAAACUCGGUGUAGUAUUCAGUGUAGUGUUCAGUGUAGUGUUCAUGCAGGGUCUAAGAUUUGCAGUAUCCUAAACUGCACGAGAUACUAAAAUAUGGCUUUGGGUGCCAAACUGGGGAUUACCUGUAUCUGGAUACUUCAAAAUUUCAGAUAUUAGGACUGUUAUGUCCCUUAUAGCCACCAGUCAGCUUGUGAAUGCAACAAGUUUUCUGGUUUGACAAAAUAUAUUGUAGUUUAUUAAAAGAUCAUUUGCAUUUUAAUGUAUUAUUGAUGCCAUUUACUGACUUCAAAAUGCAUUUCAGCCAAUAACUUUAGAAAAUACAUGUCAAACUGCACUCUGAAUAUAAAAGCAACUUGUGUGCUUGUGUGAUUACAGUUAUUAUUUAGAUGGGUCAGUAAAUACCGCUUAUGGUAACCUGUAUCCAGUGGGAUUCUGGAAUCUCGGGGAUUCCAAAACUGUGAACCCUGGUAUCCUAGUUGCAUACUGAGAAAAAAUUUCAAUUUCAGACCUGGAUGAUAGUGCAGGGAAAAGAAAGUGGAGGACUCCUACAUUUCUAGUCAAUGGAAAGAAUGGAUUAAGUCCUUCGUUAGCCAGGCAGAGAAGAAAACGAACAUUUGAAGCAGCCAGGACUAUUCAUGGUGGAAAGGACAAAUUAUCGGUUCCAACAUCGAUAGGUUUGCUAGACACAGCAAUGGUAAAGACUUCUAAAGAUAUUUUAGUUGAUGUCAUGUCUUCUAGCAAAAAGUUCAAGCGCUCAGUCAUGCCCAGAGUGUAUAAGAAAUUGUUAAAUUCUUAUGAGUCGUCGGAAGAGAAUUUAAUUAGGAGCAUAGCUGUGUAUUAUAGUGGCGGUAUUGUGGGGAAAAAGAAGUACCGUAAAAUAUAUAAAGAUAGUUGCUAUCGAUUAAAGGGCAAGGGAGGAAAAUCUGUUCGGUUAAACAUAAUCAAUAAUUGCCCUUUACCUAGGCUUGUACCCUAUAAUCGCUUAAUGCCCUACAUCAAGUCAAUUCCUUUGGGAACUAUUUAUAGCACUUAUGACACAUUGUGUGAUGGGUUGGAUGAUGAUGAUAAGGUUCGUGGGUGCUAUCGUAGGCUGAACGAGAUGUUAGUGAAGUUAGCUGAGUUUUAUCUCUCCGGAUGUAGUGGGCAUUCGAUAACAUGGUUUACAGAACCAUACACAUUUUUUGUUUCCUUGGGAGGUGAUGGUGCCCCCUUUGGAAAGUAUGACACAGCCUGUGCAUGGCUUGUGGGCUUUCUGAAUAUUGGUAGGGGGAUAUUAAGUAGUAAUGAAAACUACUUGCUCUUUGGAGCAAACUGCAGUGAGAAUUGCAUUGUUGUCCAAAGGUUUAUUAAAAUUCUUUUGGCUGACAUUUGCCAGAUUGAAAAAAAUGAUAAUAUCACCUGUUGUCAUAAUGGCAAGCAAGUCAGUGUUAAAUUUCGCAUUGGUGAACUCCCCAAUGACAUGAAAAUGUUAUCAUUUUUAGGGGGAGAACUCAGCAAUAGUGCAAAAUUUUUCUCAUCCUUUGCAAAUGUGUCCAAUGACAAUGCUAAUGAUGUUUGUGGGACAUUUGGAAGGGAAGGGAAGAACAAAUGGAAGCCUUGGAAGUACUCAGAGAGAUUGAAAGUUGUUAAAAGUGUUGAGCAGUUGAAGCAGAAGCUUUCAAAACAAAUUCUUUCUGAUGCCACUAAGAGAUCCAAAGUUACAAGCUUUAUUGCUGGAAAGAGUAGCAGGCAAGAAUUUGAACCUCUUUUAGGGAAAAUUGUUGACAGAGCUCAUGUUGAGCCUUUGCACCUGAAAAAUAAUGCUUGUGCCCUUGCGCAUCGGUAUCUACUGGGCGAAGUUAUGAUGCUUUCCCAUUUGCCAGAUUCUGUUAAAGUAUUUUCCCAAAUUCCUGACAAAUCUCCCAUAGCUAGAUUUGUUAUGGUAAUGAAAACCAAAUGCCACCUAUCUCGUCUUGCGAACCGAAUUGUAAAGUGGUUCAAUGAUACAAGAGGUGAUGGAAAGCCAUUUGAUUACCGCUUUACUGGAAAGGAUUCCAGGGGAUUUUUGCAUAAUUUCAUGUACUUGAUUGAUGUUGUAGAGCCACUUGCAAAGAAAGGCUCCCGACAAGAAUUGGUUUUUCAUGCCCUGUCACAUCUUUGCCUGACUUUACGUAAGUGUGUUUCCCUUUUUAGUCGCAUUCAUAUCACCAGCAAUGAAAUUGUUGAGCUCAAGCAUCACUGUAAGACUUACAUAGCACUUAACAAUCUUUUCUUUCGCCAUCACCCAACUGCUUGGACUUUGGGUCAUGUUGUGCCUGUCCAUACACAGGAAAUGAAAACAAAGUAUGGAAUGGGGCUUGGCUUGAACUCCAUGGAAGGAAGAGAAGCCAAGCACAUUUCUAUUUCCCGAUAUUGUGGGAACACUAAUUACCACAGCAGGUGGGAACAGGUCUUUUUACAUGAGUAUGUGUCCUUAAUCUGGCUCCGUGAAAGGGGCUAUAACACCACAAAACCUAUCACCUCAAGUGUUCUGGUUUAUGAGCCUAAACGUAUUAAGGAACCUGGCUUUUGUAAUUGUGGGCUGGAGAAAGAAGAACAGUCUUCUGGAUGCAAGUACUGCAUUCAUCCAUUAAGGGCUGAUAUUGUUAAAAGGGUUGAAAAAGCAUGUAAGUGAGUGUUGAUGGAGAUUGGUAUGUCUUGUCUAUGCAAUGUUUGGGCAAUUGGGCAAAGGGAUACAAACCUGUUUCACUUUUCAACAAUAUUCUAAAAAUAUCUAGCC